AUGAAACGAUCCCCUUCACCUUCACCUUCCAACGAGUCUCAUACUCCUACUCCCACCUUAAGACAAGACGUCCAAACAGAAGGUAAAUCGCCUAAAACUCUCAAGAAGAUCAAGAUAGAAUCAACCUCCUCUGGGCCCUUCUCGAGUUCACCUUCCAACAGUCACUGGACACCUGAUAAGAAAGAACAAUUGCUCGAGAAGAUCAUUAGUAUAGGGUUGAAGGCUUGUAAUGUCGAUGAGAUCUGUCAAGAGUUCGGUCUCACCAAAAUCCAAUUCAAGAAUGCUACUCAAGCUGGAAAGAAAGGGAAUCUGAGAGAUAAAGCUUGUAAAGGGAUCAGAGGUGAUUAA